AUGGUUAAGGUAUGGUCGGGUUUUAUAAACUUUUUAUAUCGGUAUUCGGCAGUGAGUACUUCACGGCUGUCUGAAACAGAAGAGGAUGGUUUAGAACCCGGUUUCCGUAAUGUGACUCACCAUUUCACUCGAGCAAGCGUGAAGGCAGCGCUUGAAGAACAGACAGGAGUUGUUACUCGUCGAACCGCUUUGCUUGAUCAUCGUAAUAUUUUGCCAGCAAGAGCUAACCAACAGGAGCUUACAAAGAAGGGUGACUUAAAAAAAGUUGUCCAUCCUCCUGCAGCAAAAAAAACUGAAAAAGAAAACGCUAAAGAAGAAGUUGGCAAAAAAAGAGUAUCUCUUACGCAAUCGAGGUUUGACGCCGUUGUUCUUCACUGCGAAGAGUACAAGGAUGAUGUUGAGGACUAUGUCUUUCAACUCGAAAAGCGUUUCGGAGUGAAACCAGAGUUCUUGUUUGGUUUAGAAAUAACUCCAAAAAUGCGUUCCAUUCUUGUUGACUGGUUGAUCCAAGUUCAUUUGCGAUUUCAUUUACUGCCUGAAACUUUAUUUCUUGCUAUUAAUAUUCUAGACCGCUAUUUGGCGAAAGGAUUGGCCACAAAGAACUUGUUACAGCUAAUUGGAGUGGCUUCGCUUUCAGCAGCUGCCAAAUACGAAGAAAUUUUUCCUCCAGAAAUACUUGACUACGUAUUCAUUACGGAAAAUUCAGUUAGUAGACUAGACGUUAUAAGAAUGGAAUACAAAAUUUUAUCGGCUUUGGACGUUGAUCUCGGCCGUCCUACAAUUAUACAAUUUGUCCGUCGUAUUUCUACGUAUUUCAAUCCCAGAGUUCACAUCAUGGCGAAAUAUGUCAGUGAAAAUAUGGUUGUGGAUUAUAGAACAUGUCACUUAAAUCCAUCGAUGAUUGCUGCAGUGUCAGUCUGGUUGGCUGCUGCACUGGAAAAUUGUUCUUUUCCAGCAGUUCUUUACAACAGGGCAAGGUUAGUUAUUGAAAUUUUUAUUGACAUCAUUACUGGAUAG